UAAGCUUGUUGCUUAUAACUAUUAUUUUCUAGUUAGAAUGCUAUGUCCUAGAAAUAUAUAUGGUUAUAUAUAAGUCAUAGAGACAAUCUUUGACAGCACUUUUAUGAAAACAAAUUUACUGCCGGAUUGCGUUUAUGACGUCACAGAAAGAAACAUCAUGGCAGAUUUUUUGGGGUUAUUUGGGAAGUGAACUCUGCAUUCACAACAAGAGAGUCGAAGACAUCUAGGUUUUGCUGUGGGGGGACGGUGUGAGCAGUAAGGAUGAGUGUUGGGGGCGGCAGUUCUAGCAGUAUGAAUGGGUCAGGCUGCAUAGGAGUCAGUCCAGAGGCAAAGAAGUGGGCUUGUGAGUACUGUACAUAUGAGAACUGGCCUGCCUCCAAGCGCUGCACCCUGUGCCGUGGUCCACGCCCACCCCAUCUCAUUACAGACACCGUCAAUGAGGAGCAGGACAUCUACAAGAUGGCAGCCUUAGUCUGGCCAAACAAUACUGAGUGUUGUGCAGGAGAAGGGAGUUCUUCAGGCACUACUUCUGCUGCAGGCAGCAGUACCAAGUGGGCUUGUCACAUGUGCACAUUUCUCAACUGGCCUCGAGCCCUACGCUGCACCCAGUGCCUCACCCCUCGGCGGAAGACCUCCCCAACUCACCCCACUUCUUGCAUCAUGCAGCCAGUCAGCAUUAAUGUCAACAUUGCCGAAUGUAGCCCCAUAAGCGUAGGCUCUGGAAGCAGCAGUGGAGGCAGUGGACGCAGUACCCCAAAACGCAACUCUCCAAGUUCCCCAGAGGCAGCCAAAGAGAUGAACAAUGACAUUAAUAAGACCUUAGGGUCUAUAGGGAAAAGUUCAUCAUCAGUUGCCCCAUCUGUCCAAGCUUGUAAAUGGACGUGCAGAGUGUGCACAUAUGAGAACUGGCCUCGGACCCCCAAGUGCACUAUUUGUGGCACAGCACGAGGCAGGACUCUCUCAGAUUCCAACAUUCACAGCUCCAUUUCCAUGCCCGGACCUUGUACCAUUCCUGCCGCAACAACAGCUUCAUGUCCACAAAUGGCUGUGGGAAGUGUUGGGGCUGGCAUGCCAAUGGUGUCAGCAGAGACUCUGGAGGCAGCUAAACGAAGGGGCUGCAUGUCACCUGGUUCACCUCGCAGCCCAGAGGGACUUGAUGGUAAAAACCAAGAAGUUGCAGGAGCAGGGAUGGCUGUCGGGGCAGGCAGUGCCACCAUGGAUGAUCGCAAGUUGAAGCUGCUACGACAGCGCUUGCGUGACAAAGACUGGCUGUGGCUAAAUGCAUGCCAGGGAGUGGUUGAUGGUGAUCCCAAUGCAAUAGAAGCCUUUAUUGCUGCAGGAGGCAAUCCGUCUCGCCAGCUGACAGCAGACGAGGUACUGCUUCUGGCCAGACCGAGUGCCUUUGAAACAGGUCACACCCUAGUGCACCUUGCAUUACGGUUCCGCCGUGAUGACUUGCUUGCCGUGUUGUUGACUGCCACGGAUGCUGCUGCCAAGACUGUCAAACGCCUUCCUUGCCAUGCUUCACCAGACAUUGCAUCUGACAUCCGCCGUGAAAUUGCAUCCUCUCUGCGACAGCGUAAAGGUGACUUCCCCUGUUACUUUUUCACAGACUGUGUCACCUUUGCCCUUCCUGCAGAUAUAGAUGACCUUCCACGUCAUACCCAGGAUCAGCUUUUUGAUGAAGUUUUGGACCGUGAUGUACAAAGUGAGCUAGAGGCAGAAGAAUCCAUUAUCAACUGGAGUAUGGAGCUCUCUGAAAGGCUUGGUAGUCGUCUGUAUGCAUUGUGGAAUCGGACAGCAGGAGAUUGCUUAUUAGACUCUGUUCUGCAGGCCACUUGGGGGGUAUUUGAUGUGGAUAACACCCUGCGUCGUGCUUUGGCAGACAGUCUUACAGAGGGUGCUAUGACAUUCUAUCCAAGGUGGAAGGAGUAUGAAUCAAAACAAGCAGAAUCCUUACACUUCAGUCUGGAUGAGUACCAAUGGCAGAGAGACUGGGCAGUUGUUCUGAGUUUAGCGAGUCAACCAGGAGCAUCAUUAGAGCAGACACAUAUUUUUGCCCUAGCACAUAUACUGCGAAGACCCAUCAUUGUAUAUGGAGUAAAGUAUGUCAAAAGCUUUCGAGGAGAAACUCUAGGACUGGCUAAAUUUCAAGGGGUAUACCUACCAUUGCUGUGGGAGUGCAGUUUCUGCUGGAAAACUCCUGUUGCUCUUGGCUAUACCCGGGGCCAUUUCUCAGCAUUGGUCUCCAUGGAGAUGGAUCUGGAUGAUGGGAUGGGGGCUGGGGCAAAUCUAGAGGGCAGCGAUGAGGAUCAGGUGGCUUACUUGCCCUUGGUUGAUUGUGAAGGGAAGCUACUAGAGCUGCACUUUUUGAGUGGUUCAGAGGUUGGUAGGGAAGAAAUCUUGCUGCGAGAAUGGCUAGAUUGCUAUGUAACCAAGGGUGGACUUCUAGUUGCACUUCAGCGGCGAGGCCGUCAGCCGAUGGCUGUCAAACAGAUGGUGGAUGAGUGGCUAGAUCGUUACCGACAACUGGCAGCUUCACAAGCCGGUCCUGCGUCUGCUCAGCUUGGCAUGACGCCACACACAUUCUCCAGCGAUGGGGAGAGCGACCAGGAAUGACAGAGUGAACUUGUGGUCUGCAGCUAGAUCUUGCGUAUGUGUGCAUGUACAUGUGCUUUUCAUGCAUGUAUUUGACCCACCUGCAUGCUGAUGUCCACCUGGGAGGAAGGUCUAAGAUAAGCUUUGUGUUAAAAUUAGCAGAGCAUGCUUAGGUGCCUAAGCCCAUAAUUACCAAAAUAUGUUUAUAGUGGAAACAGAUGGGGUUGUAAAUAUGGUUAUCUAUUUCAGAUCUGUUUUAAGUACAUAUUUUUUUAAGGGGUGGGGGAUCCACACCAAGCAUCAGAAAAAUCUGUGAUUAAUACAAGAGCGCUGUUCAUAAAAAUGCCUGCAUUCUGGAAGGUUUGAAGAAUGUUUAGACAGUCAUCUUUGGUGCCAUCAGGAUCAGAUGUAGUCACUUACGAUUUUGCUGUACUGGUUUUACCAUGUAUUUUUAAGGGUCAUUGCCUCUUUGAUGGUUUUAAAUCAUGUCUCUUUGAUGCCAGCAGACUCUGUAAUAACUACUUUGAACAUGCUAACCCAGUAUAGUGACGUUUUUUUAAAAAAUCUCUAUUGGUAGCCCAGCUUUCUUAUAGAGCUAGGUUCACGAGAGCAUUAGAUAUGUGAAAGUAAUAUGGUUUUUGUGAUACUGGUUCCUCAUCCCUAAUCUCUAUGGUUGUCAUCUGAUACAGUAUAGAGUAUAUCUCCUGACAGCAGGACAAUUCUUUUUAGUGUACAUAUGGACCUAUACUACUGAGAUGAUGAGUAUGUGAAACUUCUGUGUCCUCAUAUUGUUCUUCCAAGUUUUCACUUAGUGAUGAAUUUUGCAGUAUAGCACUAAGAUUGUUCUCAGGGAAUUCAAUCCAAGCUGCACUUUUUAUAUGGGCUGGGGGGAAAAAAACUGUCUAGCCAAUAUGAAAAGUGCCAAGGAUAUUUCAGAGAACCAUUGAGGUCUCAGAGUCUACUUCAGAUGCUUGCAGCUAAAUUGUUGUUGGUCAAAAAAGGACCUGCAAUUUGAAGGACAAUUUUUGGCAACAUUUGUCAGCUACAAAGAACUGGCCAAGUUUUGUGAAAUCAGAAGAGAGGUUAUUUCAACCUUGUGGUAAAAGUGGCCUCAACAAAAUGGGCAGUUAUGUUAUAAGGUGCAGCAUUUCCCUAAUGAAAGAGGCUUUAGUAACCUCACUCACACAAGUGCCCAUGGCUAAACCAUUCUGAGCACAACUGUUUGAUUCAUACUGCGUUCUUUGAAAUCACCAGUAGAGGAAAGUAGAGACAGAAUGAAAGUCAGAUAUAUUUACCUGCAAUUAUCUUGCAAAAUAUUGGAAAGUAAGUUGCAACCCUGCAGCCAAGUUCACCAUAAUCUCUAGAUGACUACCAGCUUUAUGUGUUUGAAAGGUCUUAGUUAAGUCUGGUAGCAGCUGCUAAAAGCUGAUCACUUUUUUUCACCUCACUGCAUUGAUCUUCAUGCAAAAACUUGAAGUUAAUUUGUGGAUAAAAAGUUGCUUAGACAACCCUUGCUGGCCACUUUCUUCCUCUGCUACAUAAUAAGGUGGUAAUCAUCAAUAAUCUCUUAUGCUUAUGGGCCUCGCAGAUACUGUAGAACUUCAUUUUCUCUUACGUGAAAAUCUGAAGAUGCAAAAACUCUGUACCAGCUGUUUUAAGCUUGACAACCAAGAUAUACAUAUUGGUAAGAGAAGAGACUUGUUGUGAUUCUUGCUUCAUGUUCAGUACUGGAAUUAUUAACAAUUUUAAGAGACACUCGUGUAUACAAAUCUCAGCUUUUGCUUUUUAUGGUGAAUUUGCUCCACAUUAAAUAACAAUCAUAUGCAGGGUAUGAUGGGUUAGGGUGUGCUUUGGUGAGUGGUUUUGUUUUAAGUACAUUUAUAUUGUGUAUUGUGCUUAGAGUAAAUCUGUAAAGAAUUAUCAAGCACAACGUUGUAAAUUUCUUUGUUGAAAUCUUUGUUUUUAUUUUUAAUCACUUAAAACUGUAAUGCCUUUCUUUGUAUGUGCCAGAGCUGUCUUUAGUCAUCAUUGUUAUUUAUUGUUUUUGUCACAAUCACCUUUCUCAAAACACUAUUGAGAGAUUAAAUGAAACGAGUAAUUAAUAAUUUUGUUGUGGUUUUAAAUACCUCUAUCUUUGUUAUUUGUUGUUAUUUAUUUGUGAGCAAAAAAGCCCCCAAAGCUGCCUAAUUGAUUUAAUUUAUGGUACUCUUUUCAAUAUUGAUCUUUAUGCUGCGAAAUAAACAGAUAAGGAGUUUAAUCAUGCCAUAGAUGAUUUUGAGGUCUGUAACUGAACACAUAAGCUGAACACAAAAUGUAGCAGUUCUUUGGGCUUUUUACAGCAUUUUACUAUGCUUUUUAUAUGAUUGUGAAAGAUAUGAAAAUAACUUUCAUGCAACCACACAUUUCUUGCGCACUUUUCUAGACAAUUUAUUGGUAGAUUUACAUGAAUGAUUAAGGUUAUAGAAUAAGAUUUUUUUUUGGGGGGAAGGGGGUGAAGACUGCAGUAAGCUGCUCUUGGUCAAUAUUUCUGGGCUUCUGGGGGAGAUUAGAGGAGCGGUAUUUGGCCUGAAGACUGGGUUACUUGACAGUGUGGUUGAAGAAAGAAACAGAUUCUCAGAUAAUGUGUCAGAUGCUUAUGCCUUUUCAUUAAGUAAAUAGACUAGGGGUGGGCAAAGUAUGGCCUGCAGGAUGGGUGCAGCCUUCAGUCUUUGGGCUAGCCCAUCUGCCAAUAUGUGAAAUGUACUUAUUUUCUUUUUUUUUUUUCAUUUAACCUUGGUUAAUUUGAUUGAAAGUUCAUUUAUCAAAUAUGAUUUGGUAUUAGAAAUCUACAUUCUAACACAAAGUACAAAAAUAACAAAUAAUGCAGCGAAAGAAGUUGUAGGAGAACAUUAGCAGUGGCUGCCUUCAAAGCAAAAGCUGGCAAAAUAUGUCAUGUAGCAUUUCUGAUCAAAAAGAGUAAUGUGCAUAGGGAGUGAUGAAAUUCAACGAAUGGAUAGCACAGUAUUUUUUCCCUGGUGUUGUGGAUAAUGCUGUGUGCUUAAUUUGCCAGGGAAGCAUCACAGUUUUCAAGGAGCACAAUCUAAAGCGGCAUUUUAGCACAAAACAUCCAGAGUAUUGCAUAAAAGCAAGGGCAAAAACUCCUGCCAGUUGGUGGAACAGUUGAAGGAGCAAUAAAACGAUUUUUACCAAACAGAGGAAAUAUUUGCAGGUGGCAACAAAAGCAAGUUUUAUUGACAUAUAAUACUGCCAUAGAGAACAGGAUAUUUAUUUACAGGAAGUCCUUAAGCUAUGCUUGCUUGAUGUAGCCAAAGUCGUGUGUGUAGAACAAGAAAAAAAAAGUUCAAGAAUAACUUAGAGAAUAGCUUACCCAUGAGAACAACAAUGUACCAGAUAGAGGACAAGGAACAUAAUUUGCUGGAACAGUUGAUGCAUAAUUGUGAGCAUUUUGGUUGGUAUUCUCUGGCGCUAGAUGUAACUGACACUGUACAGCUGCUUAUUUUUAUCUUUGACAUUAACACUAACUUUGAGAUAGCCCAGGAACUGCUUUUGAUUGAGUCAAUGAAAGACACUACAACAGAUAAUUUGCUUAUGAAAGUAAAAAAGGUGCAUGGAGAAGAUUGGGCUUACAUGGGAAAAAUUUGAGGGGUCACUACUGAUGGAUCUCCAAAUUUCAAUGGCUGGAAUGUUGGUCUUCUAACCAAAAUUCAACAAACUGUUCAUGAAACAUAUCCUGACCACAAAGUCACCUUUUUUCAUUGCAUUAUACAUCAAGAAGCACAUGGCAAACCUGUAUUAGACAUGAACCAUGUUGUGAAGACUGCAAUGAAAAUCGUGAACUUAUUAAGAAGGCUCAAGCACUUGCAAUUUAAAUCAUUGUUGGAAGACAUCCAAGUCAAUCAAGAAGAUGUUCCAUACCACACAGAUGUUUGGUGGCUAAGCUUGGGAAAAGUUAUUAAGCAAGUUUGGGAGCUCAGAAAAUAUAUAAAUUCUGUUCAUAGAAAAUGAAAAGACAAACGCUUUCCCCAAAGUUUGUGAAGCGAGAAAAUACAGCAAAAUAUUCAGUGAUCUGUGAGAUGAAUUUUCACAACGUUUCAGGGAUUCAGAAUAUUGGAAAGUAAGUUGAAAAUAUUGUCAAAUCUGUUAACCAUGGGCGUGGAAUGGAUGCCAGUCAGCAACUUAAGCUGAUUGAUUUACAGUGCAACACUAUUAAAGGAUUUGGUAAGUAAACAUCAUUAUGUGCUUAUUUUUUCAUCCCAUUUUUACUGUGUUGUGUAUUCACUUGGCAUGGUUUGUUUUUUUUUUUUUUUUCGGUAUGUGACUGAUCUGCAGGGUAGUUAAGAAUUUAGAGACCAGCCCACAAAAAGAAAACUUUGCCCACCCCUGUUAUAGACUGGAAGAACACAAGUUUUCAUUCUUGUUACAGUUACUAUUUAUACAUGAUGCUUAGUGAUAAUUGGUGGACUGCUUGCCUGCUUAUUUAAUGGUAUGUAUGGUGAAUACAAUUAAUAAAGAGGCAGACAUGAGAUUAUUAAUAAGCUUUUUUGUGACUGACCUUGGACAUGUUCAAAGCUAUGAAACAUGACACUGCUUAUUUUAUUUUUGACCAUUUUAUUUAGUCACAUCCAUGUCUGGGCUUUAUUAACUCUUAACAAUUGAGCACUAAAAAUAACCAAUUAUUAUCACCCCAGAUAUUCAUAUAUCAUUAAAAAAAGAUUUUACACUAUGAUAGUGUAUAACCAGUUAUCACUUGCAUCUUCUGCCCUCAGACACUACAGAAUUUCAACUACCAGCAAUACUAUACAAUGCACUGCUUUCAUUCACUCACCCAGAUGUCCAUGACAACCCAUUUAACAAGUUCAUGGAUGCAUCUGAGCUCAUGUGUUUUCAUAAUUAGUAGAACCCUCCCACUACCUUUCCAAAAUGUACAAAAUGUCUUCUCCUAAUUUGCUGAAUUGAGCACUUGUAAACCCGAAGGUGACAGUACACAAAUUUGUGGGCUGGGUAUGAACAGCGAUUUCAUGUUGAUGUAUUUGCACAACCACUUGUAUGAAGACAAUAUUUACUCAUCCAUCUGAAGUUUGAGGCUGUUAGUAAUAAAAUAUAUUGAAAAAGUUCUUUAAAUACUCAAUUAAAAAUGUCCUCUUAAUGGUAAGGAAGCAAAUUUGCAAAAGCAUAUUGUGGAACAUUCUUUUCAUUUAUAGAAGGAAGAAAACUAACAACAGCAAGGAGGGAUUUUACAUAGAUCACUUAAUGUGGAGAAGGAAAAGCUUAUUUUAAGGUGAGGCUAAGACCAGAUCUCAGACUAUCCAAUUUGGUGAGCAUAAAUCUGAUUAUUGAUGAUUUUUUUUCACAUUUGGGUUUCAGUUUUUAUAUUUCUGCCUUAUUUAUUUUUUAAAAUACAGGAUAACUUUGAUGAUAUUUGUGUUUUUCCUCAACUUCCCUCAAGGUUCGUUGAAGUAAUAUCUAACUGUUUUUGAUAGCAAAUCAACAAGUGCUAAUUGGAUGGGGUGGUGGGGGCAUUCAUAUCAUGAAAUGUAUUUUUUUGGAAGAAAGCAAGGCAGCAUUUGUUUCUAAGGUAAGCAUAAUAUGUCUUUCAAAGUAUUGGUGUAUGAAGCGCAGAAGAAUUAGAAAGGAAAGUCAUUUUGCAGUUUUGAGAAGAGCUACAUAACAGAAAAUUAACUUUUCAAGAUUGUUUUGACAUUUAGAGAAUCAGAAAAGGGAGCAGUUUAAUUUUUUUUUUUGCAUUUUUGUCAGUUAACAAGAUUGGAGAUUUUCAAAAUUAGAUUAGGAUACUUGUUUGAUACUAGGCUUCAGUUAGCAAGAAAGGUAGGGACUAGAAAGAUUAAGACUUUGACUUCUUUAUCAUUCACUAGGCUGGAUUUUCCAAGUCAAAUGACAAGAAUAAUGACGAAAUAUGGCCUUUACUAUCAAAAGUAAAAAAUAAAAAAAUCUGACCAAAUACCACUUAAAAAUACAACAAAAUUAGAUAAGAUAGCAAAGCUUCUCAUAGAUGUAGUAUAAAGUUCUUUCAAACACCAGUUAAACUAUGUGUAAUAAGUGUUUUUGUGUGUUAGCUUACAAAGCUUAAGCUUGGGGCUUAAAGUAGACAGGAGUUCCAUCGACAUGAUUGAAAGGCUGAAAUCUUAAUCUCUGCUUUUCGAUGACACAGCAUGCUGAAAGCGUGUUGGCCAAGGCUUUAAGUGUAAGUUAUUAUGCAGCAUGGUGAGAAGAACUAUAGGAAAAGCAGCUGCUUUUAGAUGGUAUGUCUACAAAUGUUUUGUGGUUGUACAGUGUAAUAGAAGCUAUAUUUUGACUGCAUGAAACAGUGAAUGAUAAAGAUAUAUUUAAUGAAGAAGUGAAAAGAUGGAAGGAGGGAGAACACAGUGAUGGGGAAACAGCUAAAGAUGCCAGAGGAAGGUCACAAAUCUGUUGGAUUUUUCUGGUGGUGCUGGCAAUGUAGUGUUCUGUUUGGGGAAUGGGAUAGUCUGAAACAAUUUAACUGGAGUUCGGACAAUAUGAAUGAUAGCAACAUUUUUUUUAAAGAUAUUUUAGAUACUUUGUUUUAGCUAUGUCCUUUCUUCUGCAGAAUUGUAACUGAAGAUUUAAGUAUUUUACAGGUGAGUCAAGCUGAACACUUGGAUUGAAUUGAAACCUAUACAUGUAAGCUUUGAUUUAUUCUGCAAUCAAGAAUUAAAUGCUGCUGCUAAAGAAAUCCCAUUUCAGCACUUGCUUAGAUUCUGUAACUGAACGGUACCCUAGAGAAUGUCAAAAAAGUGUGUGCGCUUGCUUACAUAUUUAUGUGUGCAAGCACUCUAGAAAGACGGGCGCUUGCACAUAAAUGAAAAAAUAGGAAUAUGUGGAAAAAGAAUUUUUGCUGUUCACAAGCCAUUCAGAUUCUCUUUGUGGAAUUUCAAAUGUUUUCAUUUUUGCAUCAUUUAAGCAUUUUCCCCAGUUAGGUGUAAUCAGCAGCUUGUGGGGCACUUAAGACAUAGUAUUAUAGAAACAGAUCUUGCUGCCUGCUUUUCGUGUAGACUAUGAUGCACAUACAUUCAUUGUUACUUUUGAGUCAAUAUAUGGAUUUAUUUUGCCGUUGUAUUUGCUUGGUUGUUCCAUUUUGUAAAUUUUUGUGUUUUUGUUUCCCUAUCACACUGUCAUUUUUGCCUUUUUAAAGGCAAAACAGGGAUGUUUGAUAAAAGCAACUAUUGUUGAUAACAGUGCCUUUUUAUUUUUAAUACCUAGAUGACGUUCAUUCCUUCCUAGGAAUGAUACUUUGUUUUUUGAGGAUAGAAGGUUGUGUUUUGUGUUCUCUAUGGCUGUGACCGAGUCCAGAGAGAUUUUAAUAGAUUUGUCAUGUUUGGCUGUAGGAAGAGAAUGUUGGUAAAAUAAAAUUUGUUCUUUCAGUUGUUCAAAGUUCAGUAGUGAUUACCUUUUGUCAGUUCGUAAGGAUUAGGCCAUUUAAGUUAGGCAUGAUUAGUUUACUUAUGUUGAUCAUGCAAUAUUUUUGCUAAAUUUCCGGUUCUGACUUUUAAAAAAAAAAAAAACUCACCAUUGUUACCACUAAUGGUGUGUUCAUUUCCCUUUGGAUGUUUGCCUGUGGUCUCAUUCAGCUUUAUGCAGAAUUGAGCUAUUGUAUUAUUAUUAUUGUAGUUUAUAUCAAGAGGUUUUUUUUUUUCUAUAAGAUUAUCAGUUCUCUGCAAGGGUUGAAAUCACAGCAGCUUGAUAUGAAAUUCAUUUUUUUUUUGGGGGGGUGGGGUGGGGGUGGAGGGGGAGAACAACAGAAGAGCAACAAAAUAGAAAAGCAGCAAAACUGUCUUAAAGCAGAGCAAGAAGAGUCCUGCCAUUUUUAUUUAUUCUUUUUUUUUAAACUUCAUCAUCAUGGCUAAGAUAUCUAGGUAACUCUCUUUUUCUUUUAACCUCUUCUCUGUUUUGUAAAAUGUGUGACAUACACAAUUAAAGGAUUGUCUGAAGAUUGUUUCAAGCUUUAGCAGCAAUGUUGUUUGGUUCCAUGUUACAUAUUGGAAAUGUGUAUUGCUAAGUCUUUCCAAAGGAAAGAGUACAUUAACCGAAGGCUUUAAGUCUUUUUACAAGUUAAAUAUAACACCUAACUAUGACGACAACUGCAAUUCCUAGCAGUUCUGAAAUUUGGAUGUUUUGAGGUUCUAUUCUUUUUUUUUUUUUCUUUUUUUUCACCCAUUUUAGGAGCUCUGCAGCACCAUCCUCAUCCACCAUACUAAUGAUAUGCUAUUCUUAGAUAGCAGUUGUGUUACCUUCAUAUUAGUAAAUUAUGAAUCAAAGUAUUCAUCUUCCAUGAUAAGAUACAUUUUUUCUUGCAUACUGUCUUGAAAAGGGUGCAGGGUUUGACAUAACUUUGAAAGAUCUGAGACUUAAAAUCAGUUUUUUUCUUUUUUAAAGAGUUUGCACCAGCCACCAUGUAAGGACCCAAAGUAUAGCAGUUCUUACCCCAGAUAUUCCGUUGUCAUGCAAGACUGCAUCCAGAGUUGACUUUUGACAUAGGAAUGGUAACAAAUAUCUUACUUUCAUGUCUUUGAACAACUGAUUAGAUGUUGAGGACAUUGUUAGUGUGUGGUCAUGAUGAUGUAUAAGAGUGAUGCUGGCUUCCAGACUCCAGUAGAUGUGGAUGUGUGAUACAGAGAUUACACAUAUACCUCAAACAUUAUUGCAUUGUUGAGGUCAGGUUCUGCCUGUGCAGAAAAUGUUACACCUGGAUGUGUGAUCCAGCCAGCUGACAUGUUUUCAUGCUGACAAAUGUUUUCUGUGAAAAGAUAAUCAAAACACCUUUUUUAAAGGAUGAACAUGCUGUGUUAAUAUUGUUUUCUGAUGUGGACAUAAAGUGUGAAAUUUUUUUAUAGUUAUGAUGUGCCAUGGUCACUGCAUGGAUUCUUGUGGUGUUAAGUACUCUGUAUAAAUAUUUUGUGGUUAUUUAUAGCCUCAGUUGACCCUUUGGCUGCUCAUUCCUAUAGCUGUUGCCAUUGACUUCUCCAGCAUCCUCCCUUGCUGUUGUUCUUUUAUUUAGGUAGGAGAUAGGUUGGUGUGUGUAAUCGAAGAUAACCAGAGCUUGCUCUGUGUGUGUGUCUCGACACGUUUAUGUGCUUCCUUGCUUAAACUGCCAACAGUUACUGAGUAUAGUUUCUGACCAUGAACAUCCACAUUGCUUUUCAGCUUUUUUCCACCUUUUUACAGUCGCGAGUAAUGAAUCAAAGUUUUAAGUGUUGUUACUGGGCGUAAUUGUAUGCAAGAUGUGUCAUUUAGAGAGAUACAUGUGUUCAGUGCUACAUUCUAUAGGUUGCCCAUCAUUUUCCUGCUUCCUGUCCUGAUAUGUAGAAACUUUAUGAGCACUCUCCCUAUGACUUUAAAAACCUGCAUUUGAUGCCAGUCAGUACAAGAUUAUAGCAUAGAAAACAGUUAAUACAGAGCAUCUUUUGUAGAUUAAUUUGUAUGAAUCCCACUGAAGAUUAUUGUCUGGCUUUUUCAGAAAACUACAGAUUGUAUGUAUGGUUAAUAAAUGUGACAGAAAAAGGAAGUGUGAUUUAAGUUGCUUAAAAGACAAGUCUCCUGCAGUACAAAACUGAGACAUAGCAUUUCCAACCAAUACAUGUACUGAUGUAAUUCUCUGGGACAUGUUUCUACACAUCUAGCACACUUUCAACCAUUAUAUUUAACAGUUCAGGUGUUGUGAGAAAUUUGUUAUGCAUAAAGAACAUUGUUGCCUGCAGCUGGUUGAUAUUCAAGCACUGGAGGUUAGAACAAUACUGGCCUCUUGACAUAAUGAGGUGAAUUUAUUUACUAUUUUUAGCAAUUGAUUUGUAAAUACUGAAGGUGAAUAUAAGAACAUGCAGUCUGUAAAGUUUUGAGCAUGUAAAAACUGAGGAUAAAUUUUUUAACUACUUGAGUUUGUAAACAAAUGAGGGUGUUGUUUAUGUUCAGUAUGUAAAAUCUGGAAAUAAAUAAUUUAUAAGAAGCUAUUUUGUUAAGUUUUAAGAACUUAAUAAACCUGGUGAUAGAUAAAAUAUAACAAAACUUUUGGAAAAUACUUGUCCUGCCUAUACCCCGAAUGAGGAUGAAUCUAGGUAUAGUUAUUUACUCGAUAUAUUUCUGGAAAGAUUGAUUUCAGUCAGGGGCAAUAGGUAUGAGAGUAAAUCGUCUGGUAGGGGCUUUUCAAGACCAAUAGUGGAGUGUGUGCUGUAUCCUAAGCUGUAAAUGAAAGCUGUUCUUUUAAUUGUUUUAAGUGCUUGUGUAAUGAUAAUAAGAAAGCUUAUUAUGUUUGGCCUGCAUUAUUUUCUACCUACUUUUCCUCCUUUGGUAAAUGGCUACAGUAUUGUUCAUGUCUGUUUCCGACAUGCAUUGUACGAUUUCAGAAAUGAAAAUAUAAAGUUUUCCCCUACAAUCUUGUACACCCUUCAUUUUCUACAGACAUUUUACUUGCAUGUGGUCCAUUUGCAGUGAUUAAAACAAAAGACUCAA